AAACCGAACCGAAGUAAAUAUGGAUUUAGAAUGGUAGUUAUAUUUUACUAACCGAUAUACCGAAAACCAAAAAAAACUGAACCUAAACCGAACCGAUAUCUGGAUUGAACACCCCUAUUUUCAGGUAUGCUUCGUUAUGUUUCACUUUCGGUAACUUCAUUUUCAAUGUAGACGCCAAUUUCCUUAUACCAUCGACCUGCGAUCCCCAACUUCUUCUUGUUAAACUCCACUUUUUCCCCACAAAGGUUUACAAUCUUCAAGACUUUCAAACGGGAGCUUGAACCGCAUUUUCCCAAUAACGAUUCUUCUCUCAAUCAGCUUUGACGUCAAAGAUGUGAAGACACAUCUGGAAUCUACUUCAAAAACAACUAGCACUCCAUCGGCAAACUCCAGGUUGUGCUCUGUCUUUUUGAAAACUCCAGAAUGGUGACAACUGACUUUCACCGAUGGUGAAUCCUCUUUACUGAAAAAAGUUCCAAAAAAAACAAUUUAAAAUCAAAAAUAUAACCCGACAUCUCGACAUAAGCCGUACCACUUGAUAAUAAACAAUCAAACAAACAACUACGAUCCAUAAACAAUGCCCGACAACGACUAGUUAUCAACCACAUACCUCUUUUUAUCGCGAUUUUGGACCUUGAAGCACACUCAUCACUUCGUUUCGAUCAAUAACCAUAAACAUAUUCGACAACUUCCUUCGUCUCUCGCGAUAUCGAAUGAACCCUAGCUUUUGGGAGUUUCUCCCUUUGUCGCGAUAACGAGGAGAAGAAAACAGAAAUUGGGUUUGUGUUUGGCUGGGCAUAAACUGGGUUGGGUCGGGUUUUGUUUUUAAUUUGGGUCAGACUCAGGUUUUAAUUUAACCAAACGGCUAAUCACACGGCGUUAGGGUCUCCGACGUACACGUGGCGCUUUCCGACUGAUUAAACUAAGCUUAUGAUGUUAGGUACAUAACUACAUAAACUUCAGGGAUGUUAGCAUGCAAACCAUAAACUUCGUGUAGCUGAGUGUGCAUUUCUUUACUUUGCAUAGCCGAUACUUCAGGUAACUGUCAAUCAUUUUUCCAAUAAUAAAUUUAUCUUUCCAGUAACGCUCACCAUAAAAAGCUGCUUAAGUUUCUAACUUUCAGUUUAUUCAUCAGCACAAACUCAAAUAAAGAUCUUCUGCAUCAUCAACACUAAAUGUCAAGAAACACAAAAAAAAAAUGAAUAAAUAAGAAAACAUAAAUCUUUCUCUACGAUGGGAAAACUCAUCAGAGUCACAGCAUCUCCUCCUCUCUGUGUCCGAUCAAAGCUCCUCUGUUUCUCACUUGUCUACUUACUCACCACACUUUCCCUGUUUCUCUACGUCUCUCUCUCAAGAAACCAAUGCAUCUUUCGAUAUUCACCGUUCGAUCCGAUCCAAACAAAAAUGUUCGCGUGUCCUUCUUCUUACGGUGAACACAAAUACGCUCUUCCUACUCAUAGAUCUUCUUGCUCUUCCCCUGUUUUCUUCUCAGUGUUGGAUGAGAUACAUAGUAUCUGCAGAGAGUCAUCAUCAUCUGAAACUUUGAGAUACAUUCACGGCAAAAGCGAAACUUUCGGUGGAAACUUCAGUACCCAGAAGAGAUUUUCUUACUUUAAUCAUUCGAACAACGACGUCGAAGUUCCAUGUGGUUUCUUCAGAGAUUUCCCGAUCAGCAACUCCGAUAGAGCUGAGAUGGAUAAAUGUGAACUAGUAGUUGCAUCAGCCAUUUUCAACGACCAUGAUAAAAUCAGACAACCAGUGGGACUUGGAGUUAAAACCCUAGAAACCGUUUGUUUCUACAUGUUCAUCGACAACAAAACCCAAAACUCUCUCUUCCACCACAAUGUCAUCUCUAAAAACAAUCCGAAAGACUACAGAAUUGGCGCGUGGAGAAUCAUCAAAAUCUCAGAGUCAGAUAAUCUAUACCCUAAUCCGGCUAUGAACGGGGUUAUACCAAAGUAUCUAAUACACAGAUUGUUUCCAAACUCAAAGUUCAGUAUAUGGAUCGACGCAAAGAUCCAGCUCAUGAUUGAUCCGCUACUUCUGAUUCAUUCCAUGUUGGUGAUUCCUGAGGUCGAUAUUGCGAUAUCUAAGCACCCCUUCUUUGUAAAUACAAUAGAGGAGGCUAUGGCUACUGCACGGUGGAAGAAAUGGGGAGAUGUUGAUGGGCUAAGGAUGCAAAUGGAGACUUAUUGUGAGCAUGGUUUAAAGCCUUGGAGUUCUCAUAAGCUGCCGUAUCCCACAGAUGUACCAGACAGUGCGAUGAUACUGAGAAAACAUGGAAGACGAAGCAACCUAUUCUCGUGCUUCAUGUUCAACGAACUAGAAGCGUUUAACCCGAGAGACCAGUUGGCAUUUGCGUUUGUGAGGGAUCACAUAAACCCUAUGGUGAAAAUGAACAUGUUUGAGGUCGAAGUUUUUGAGCAAGUAGUUGUUGAAUACAGACACAAUCUCAAGAAGAUUGAGACAUCUUCGUACGAGGAAAAAGAAGAAGAGCAGAAACAAGAAUCAAUGAGAACAAUACGGAACAGAAGAAGAUGGCUAGAUCAUGAAUCUUGGUCUCUCAAUAGUAGUAGUUGUGAGAGUUAUCUCAUGGAGAUGUGGGGUGAUCACCUUUGAUUUUUUUUCUCUUCAUGGAUUUUUUAACUUGUUAACAUUAUUUCCACUACAGGUUUUCAAAAUUAUACUAUAAAUAUACAAGACUUUUGAAUUAGGUUCACCAACCAAUAGGAUGUAUUAUUUCAUAUUUGAUAUCUUUUAAAAAAAGAAACAAAAUAUUGUCAAGUUAUAUUAUGUUUUUAAAAUAAAAAAAUAAAUAAAAAUA